CUGUAUGCAGCGUCUGCUGCAUCGCGGCCGGCAGGAGGAGCAGGACGUUCCUCUGGAGUAUCUGGAACAGCUGCACCACAAACACGAGGCCUGGCUGCUGCACAGGAGCCUCAGGUUGGACUUUCAGUAUCUGGAUGAACUUCCUGUUCUCGUUCUGGACGUCGACGACGACUUCAAGAACGACCGAAUCAAACAGGAAGUCAUCAUCGACAAGGUCAGAGAGUUCCUCACCACGCUGUAGAUCUCCUCCACCAAUCACAGCUGUAGAUCUCCUCCACCAAUCACAGCUGGAGCUGAGAGCAGCGGCUCGUCUGAUUGGACGACCCAGUUACACUUUGUAAAUGUUUGUUUUUAAUUGAGUCACAGAGUCCAAAAAACUCACCUCACCUCAUGUAUAUUUUAUAUUUUUAUAGAUAAGUGUUUACUGUGUGUGUGUGUGUGUGUGUGUGUGUGUGUGUGUGUUUUAACUUGAAUUAGAUAUUUUUACUCGUCCUGAAUUGUCGCAACAGUAAACUGUGUGUGUGUGUUUUAUAACUUGAAUCAGGUGAUAUUUAUCUGUGGGUCUGAAUCGUCUCCUGAACUGUAAACUUGACCGUGACGUGUCAGUGAACACAUCGUGAUGCCUUCAGGGACCACAGGGCCACAGGUUUUCUCUGCUGGAAUAAAGAAACUCAGACUCA